GUCAUGUUCACCUGUGUAGAUUUCCUUCCCGUAAUUAUCUCAGGAAAGGUAGCGAAGCGCGUCCCCGCCGGCGGCCACUCCGGCCCCGGCGUCCACCUUCCCCUCCCUCGCCGGUGGCCAUCGAGGCCUCGGCGCCCACCCGGGCCCCGGCGCCUUCCUUCCGCCUGCAUCGUCUCCGUGCGGGAAUCGCCAUGGCCUCCGGCUCCGCUAGCCCGGCCUCGGUCUCAUCCAGACUCCAGCCCAUCGUCUCCAGCCUGGGGUUGUCUGCGUCGUCCGGAUCGGGGGAGCUCUCGAUUGGGGCUGGAGGCGCGCCAGCUGGGGCCAACCCUGGGCCUGCCGCGGGCUUCGCCGUGCCGUGGCGCAAACCUGGGUCGUCGCGCAAGGCGCUGUGGCGCAAAAGAAAGGCUUUUCGUAAGCAGCAGGCGGCGGCGGGUGGAGCUCGGCCACGUUCGUCGCGUUCCCCGGCUUCGUCGCCGGAGCGAAGGGAGAUCCCGGCGGACCUGUUCGGUCUCUGCUUCAACUGCUUUCGCGAGGGCCAUCGUCGGGAAGAUUGCUGGUUCCCUCCGCUCUGCAUCCAGUGUGGCCUGGAGGGUCACAUAUCCACGGACUGCAAGCGGCCUCGGAGCCCCAGGUCAGAGGAGGAUCUCCGACGUGAUGCGGUGGCUAAGGUAGCGCGAGCGUCGCAGCCGUCGAUGCAGGCCGGACCUGCGAACAGGCUGUCACUGGCGACUAGGCAGGCCACUCCCUUGGAGAGGCCCUCGCCAGUCCCGGCUGACAUCGCACCUGUGGGGUCUGGGCAGGCUUCGGCUGCCGCUGCUGCUACCGGGAGUAUCUGCGUGCUUCGCCGGACGCAGGAGACGGAGGAUCUCGAGCAACGUCUGAGGUUGGCGGUGGUUGCCUAUGUGGGAGGAACACGGCCUGCGGUGUCUUGCCAGGAGGCGACGGAGGCCUUGUCGGAGGAGUUGCGCAUACCCCGCCAUCGUUUCUCCGUUCACAAAUACCACCCUGAGGAUUUCUUGGUUGUUUUUGCGGCGCCGGAGUUGCGCAACAGAGCUUUGGCGGCGGGCACCGUCGAGCACGGGUUCUUCAAGCUGUUCGUCAAACCGUGGCUCAAGCUGUAGGAGAUAUGCCCUAGAGGCAAUAAUAAAUGAUAUUAUUUAUCUCCGAUUUCAUAAUUAUGUUU